GCCGAACCAAAGUGUAUAAUGCAUAGAGCAAAGCGAUUUUUCGACGGUUGUGUGCAAUUGCAGGGAUCUAUACACUGUCAUCACCAGUUCCGUGAAAUCAAAUGUUCGUUUUCUCUGUAAAACCUUUCUUCAGCAUCCUCCUCGUCUCGCUCUUAGUCUUCUUCUUUCUCGUACUGCUAUCGCCUCGUUCCCUUUUCUCCCAAAAUCCCAUUUCUGGAUUGGUGUUGUGCAGUGGGGAGGUGGUGGAUAUAUGGAAUGUUCGGAGACUCGUGGAAUGGAGACCUUGCGAUUGGUGGCUACAAGGACAUCUAGCAGCUCUACCACUAGAAACCAACGGAUAUAUCAGAGUGGAUUGCUAUGGGGGUCUCAAUCAGAUGCGAAGAGAUUUCUGUGAUGGUGUGGGCAUUGCUCGUUUAUUAAAUGCAACUCUCGUCUUGCCAAAGUUUGAAGUGGCGUCAUAUUGGAAUGAAACAAGUGGUUUUGCUGAUGUAUAUGAUGUAGACUACUUCAUACAGCAUAUGAAUGGCUUUGUCAAAGUUGUGAAAGAGUUACCACCAGAGGUUGCAUCUAAAGAACCUGUUCAUGUGGACUGUAGCAAACGGAAAGGGCAAUUUGAUUACGUUGAAAGUGUUCUUCCAUCUUUGUUAGAACACAAGUACAUUUCAAUCACACCAGCAAUGUCCCAAAGAAGGGACAGAUACCCUUUGUAUGCAAAAUCUGCUCUGUGUCAAGCUUGUUACAAAGCAUUGCGUCUUUCGAGAGCCUUGGAAACGAAAGCCUCUGAGCUUCUAGAUGCAAUACCUAAACCAUUUUUGUCUCUUCAUCUUCGUUUUGAGCCUGAUAUGGUUGCAUACAGCCAGUGCGAGUACAGGGGUCUUUCUCCUGCUUCCAUGAAAGCCAUAGAGGAAGCCCAAGUGGACAGAAAACCAUGGACUGGAGACUUAACUCGCAUUUGGAGACUACGUGGAAAAUGUCCACUUACACCUAACGAGACAGCUUUAGUACUUGAAUCUCUUUCCAUCCCACCAACUACAAAUAUAUACCUAGCAGCUGGAGAUGGUUUGAUGGAAAUUGAAGGAUUGACAGAAACCUAUGGCAACAUAUUUACUAAGUCAAGUCUUCUUAGUAGGGAAGACUUCACAAACAUGCAUGGCAAUACAAAAGCUGCUUUGGAUUAUUAUAUAUCCAUAAACAGUGAUUCUUACGUGGCUACAUAUUUUGGGAACAUGGACAAGAUGGUUGCAGCAAUGAGAGCUUUCAAAGGUUUGUACAAGACUCUAUUUUUGAGCAGAAGAGGUUUUGCAGAAUUAACCUCAAAGGGUCUUAGGGGAAAGGAGUUGAUGGCAGCACUGUGGAAGGUUCACAGAGAUGAUUUUGCUAUGGGAAGAGGCUCUGCUCUGCCCGAGUGUUUUUGCGAAUUCAAGUUCUGAUUUUGGAUCUCUCUUUUGCUUCACUUUUCACGGAGGCACACCUUAGAAUCCAAUUGGAUCAAUCCAAAAACAUUAUUUUAGAAUUUUUAUUUUUUAUGUUGUGUAAUUUUAGUAUUGUGAAUUGAGAAUACAAUUAGCCUUUCUCAGUUUC